UUAUGAUGGAACUAUAUAGAAAAGGAAAUUCAAAUUUUUAGGCUUAAAUAAAUUCUUUCUACAGAUCCUAUUUGGAAAGCACGGAGGAUUGCAGCGUGAUUUAAAGGAUGGUUAUUUUAGCUCCAAUUUCUCUAUUGAAGUGAUUCUAAUAACUUAGGUACAAGGUGGAUAAGGUCUUCGUACACUCUACCCUCCCAGACCCCACUUGUGGGAUUACACUGGGUUGUUUGAAGGAUUUUUUUUUGAAUUCUUGGAUGGGUGCACCUAAACAGAAGUGGACUCCAGACGAAGAAGCUGCUCUUAAAGCUGGGGUCCAUAAGUAUGGACCAGGCAAAUGGCGGACAAUCCUCAAGGACCCAGAAUUUAGCAAAGUGUUGUCCUCGCGUUCAAAUGUAGAUCUAAAGGACAAGUGGAGGAACAUGGGUGUGAUUGCAAACGGGUGGGGUUCUAGAGAGAAAGCAAGGUUGGCUCUCAAAAGAAUGAAUCAAGCCCGUAAACAGGAUGAGAGUUCUUUAGCUGUCAUUACUGAGGCUAAAAGUGAUGAGAAAAUGGCUGAAGCAAGGCUAGCUACUACUUCAAUUGGUUCUCCACAGAUUGGUGGGUCAAAAAGAUCUAUCAUAAGAUUGGAUAAUCUUAUAAUGGAGGCUAUAAGCAACUUGAAGGAGUCAGGUGGUUCCAACAAGACUAGUAUAGCAACAUACAUAGAGGUACUCAUCUUCUUGUUGAGCUUAAUGUCCAAAAGUCUUGCUUGUCGUGCCAUCAGUAACAUUCUGAAUUGUGUUUUCUAUUGGUGCUUCUUGCUAAUUCAAGAUCAAUAUUGGGCACCUCCAAACUUUAAAAGGCUGCUUUCAGCGAAACUGAAGUACUUAACUGCAACUGGGAGACUUACCAAGGUGAAGCGGAAGUAUAGAAUAGCAACAAUACCUGUAUUAUCGGACAAAAGAAGAAUCCCUUCCAUUCAGCUGUUGGAAAGCAGGCAGAGGAUCUCCGCUACAGUUGAUCAGGAUGAUUUAAAGAUGCUCAUUAAGGCUCAAGUAGAUUUAGAGUUAACUAAGAUGAGGAGUAUGACACCUCAAGAGGCAGCAGCAGCGGCUGCACAAGCUGUUGCAGAAGCAGAAGUAUCCAUGGCAGAAGCUGAGGACGCUGCUAGAAAGGCUGAUGCUGCUGAGGCUUAUGCCGAAGCUGCACAAGCCUUAGCAGAAGCUGCAAUGAAGGCUCUAAAAGAGAGAAGCAGCCCAAGGAUUAUGAUACACGCUUGAUGGAUUUUCCAGAGUUGAAGGCUCGGGUACUAGAGCUUUGCUGAAUAUUCCUCCAGUUUGUUAUUUUUUCAAAUCUUUAGCCAACUCUCUUGUUGGCCUGUAAAUAUGGUAAAAGUGGUGUUUGUAAUAGCAAAGGCCUUCCAGGUAAAUAGCACAUUCAUGUUCCCUCUUCACCAGCAGAACAUGGGCACCUUCAAGGGGAAAAUUAGAGAGUUGAAGACUUGUAAAAAGUACUCAGAGAUAGAAACAGGGCUGAAUUCAUCUAGUUGUUGUACUUCUAGUCUUAGGUCCUUCCACAAGAUUUGAACUAAGGAGACAAACAAUUGGCAAUAGGUAUGUUCGGCAAAAAGUGUAAAAAUAAGUGUGUUUCUUGCUUA